AUGGGAUGGGUGCGACAGGCCCCCGGGAAGGGGCUGGAGUACGUCGCGGGUAUUGAGAGUGAUGGUGGUGACACAGGAACCCUUGAACGGGCCCCCAAAAUCUACCCUGAGCCAUGGACCCUGUCCCAGGACGUGUCCUGCCAGGGCUCCGGCUUCACCUUCAGCAGCGUCGGCAUGGCUUGGGUGCGACAGGCCCCCGGGAAGGGGCUCGAGUCUGUCGCGAGUAUUUACAGUGAUGGUAGUGGCACCGACUACGCGCCGUCGACCUCCACCAAUGUUGACCCAAACCUUCAAUGGGUUUGGCCAAUAUCUCGACCGCUUUUUCCCUGGAAAAAGCUGAUGGAGUCCAGAGGAGGCCUCCAGACACCCGGGGGGUCCCUCACCCUCUGCUGCAAGGGCUCCGGCUUCACCUUCAGCAGCUUCGCCAUGGACUGGGUGCGACAGGCCCCCGGGAAGGGGCUCGAGUUCGUUGCGCGUAUUGGCAAUGAUGGUAGUAGCACAGCCUACGCGCCGUCGGUGAAGGGGCGCUUCACCAUCUCCAGGGACAACUCCCAGAGCACGGUCACGCUGCAGAUGAACAGCCUCCGGGACGACGACACGGCCACCUACUACUGCGCGAAAUGUAGUGGUGGUGAUUAUGGUGCUGGUAAUGCUGAUGGUGAUGCUUGUGGUGGUGGCACCAACCCCAGCCCCAUGGAACAACACCCCUGUGCUGUGUCCCCAAAUCAACCGCUAUUGACCCAAACCUGA